GUGCUCAACGUCGACUCGCUGACGACAGCUGAGCCCCCUCGGGCGUCCGCUUUCGACGACAAGAAAAAGUACAAGCAGGCCCUGGAGGAGUUCAGCUUGUCUCUCGCUGACAAGCACAGGGUCGGGUACGUUGACCCCGACGAUCGCGAGCUGGGUCACUGCCCCGUCGAGUUGACCCGGCUGCCCUUCCCGGAGGAGCUCGAGAGGCCGAGGCUCGCGGUCGUCGAGGCGUCUGGCGGCGAGGCCGACGAGGACGACAUCUGGGCCAAGAUGCCGCCGAAGCUGAUGAAGCGCACGGCCAAGCACUUGCUCGGCUAG